AUGGCAUUUUUGCAGCAGAAGUUUCUAUUUUCAGUUCUAGUCUUAAUUCUCUGCUUUGCCAUUGAGGUUUCUUCACAUAGGAGAGUUUAUAAACCUCCAAGUGCCACGCCUCUGACUAGUUCUUUUCCUCGUGUUCCAAUUGAUCGUGGGUUUUCUAAGUUUUUUGGGGCCCCAAAUAUUCAGUAUCUCAGUAAUGGGUCCAUGGCCACUCUGGCUCUUGACAAAAAUUCAGGCUCUGGUUUGGUCUCGCAAGGCAGAUACUACUAUGGAUUCUUCAGUGCAGCUAUCAAGCUACCAGCUGGUCUUUCAUCUGGUGUUGUAGUAGCCUUCUAUUUGUCAAAUGCAGAUAAGUUCCCUCACAACCAUGAUGAGAUAGAUAUUGAGCUUCUGGGGCAUGACAAGCGAAACGACUGGGUAAUUCAAACCAAUGUUUAUGCCAAUGGAAGUGUCAGCACUGGAAGAGAAGAGAAGUUCUAUCUCUGGUUUGACCCCACAAAACAGCACCACUACUACAGUAUCUUAUGGAACAGCUAUCACACAGUGUUUUUAGUGGACAAUAUUCCAGUGAGAGAGUUCAUCCACAGUAAAUCAUACUCUAUAUACCCAUCAAAGCCAAUGUCAGUAUAUGCAACAAUAUGGGAUGCAUCAGACUGGGCAACACAUGGAGGAAAAUACCCAGUGAAUUAUAAGUAUGCUCCAUUUGUUGUUUCUUUCACUGAAAUGGAAUUAAGUGGUUGUGAGGUUUCAAAUCCUUCUUCUACCUGCUCAAAGUCUUCUUCAAGUCCUUCAAGCUUGGACCCUGUGAAUGGACCUGAGUUCUCUAAGCUGUCUCAGCAGCAGAUUGCAGCCAUGGAUUGGGCAAGAAGGAAACUCAUGUUUUACUCUUACUGUAAUGAUAAACCCAGGUACAAAGUCAUGCCUCCAGAAUGCCACUGAAGCAUAUAUAUACCUAUAUUAUUUGUUGUUAUUAUUAUUUUUUUAACUUUUUAUAGAUAUAGAUUUUUUUUAACAACUUAUACCUUUUUAAUUUCACCUACCCUGAGUAGGGUGGAAGGAAUAAUGCUGCACUUGUAUGUUUAAUUCUUUGGUUCAGGGAUUGGAAUAAAGAUAGCCAAUAGUGUAAAAGUGAUUCGACAGAAAGUAAUUCUCUAUCUUUUCUCA